AUGUCCAACUUCAACCACACCACCACCUCUUUCUUCUUGAUAGGCCUUCCCGGCCUUGAGGCUGUGCACGUGUGGCUCUCCAUACCUCUGUGUGCCAUGUACAUAGCCUCUCUGGCUGGGAACAGCCUGAUUUUGUGGGUGGUGAAGUCAGAGCCCUCCCUGCACCAGCCCAUGUACUACUUUCUGUCCAUGCUGGCAGUGACUGACCUGGGCCUGUCUGCCUCCACCCUGCCCACCAUGUUCACCAUCUACCUGCUGGGGCUCAGGGAGGUGGCACACGACAUGUGUCUGCUCCAACUCUUCUUCAUCCACACCUUCUCCAUCAUGGAGUCCUCUGUACUGCUCACUAUGGCUUUUGACCGUUUUGUGGCCAUCAGCAGCCCCCUGCGCUAUAGCACCAUUCUCACAAAUUCUCGGAUUGCCAGCUUGGGCCUGGCUAUUAUUGUGCGCAGUGUUGGUCUCCACAUUCCAGCCCCAAUCAUGUUGAAGAAACUACCCUACUGCCAGAAACGCCUGCUGUCCCACUCGUACUGCCUGCACCCAGAUGUCAUGAAGCUGGCCUGUGCGGACACUCACAUCAACAGUGCCUAUGGCCUCUUCGUAGUUCUCUCUACAUUGGGUAUAGACUCCGUGCUCAUUGUUCUGUCCUAUGGGCUAAUCCUCCGAACAGUGCUGUCCAUUGCCUCCAAGGCGGAGCGUCUCAAAGCUCUCAACACCUGUGUCUCCCAUAUCUGUUCUGUGCUACUCUUUUAUACUCCUAUGAUUGGCUUGUCCAUGAUCCACCGAUUUGGGAAGUGGGCUUCCCCUUGCAGCCGUGUCUUGCUGUCCUACCUGCAUUUUCUUACACCCCCGGUGCUCAACCCCGUGGUUUACACCAUCAAGACCAAGCAGAUCCGUGUGAGGAUACUGCGUGUCUUCCGGUCAGGAAGAGCUGGCAUUGAAGAAACCCAAGGUCAUUAA